GUCGGAGAGAGUUGGGCUAACCUAAAUCCUAUAAAAGAGGAAUUUGGCUUUACAAGCAGGAGAAAAGUCGCCGUCCUUCUCCCUCAAAUCCCUCCAAAUCCUCGCCGUUACACCGAGAGAGAAAUCCGUCGAGCAACUAUGUCGGACGAGGAGCACCAGUUCGAAUCCAAGGCUGAUGCCGGUGCAUCCAAGACCUAUCCUCAACAAGCGGGUACUAUUCGCAAGAAUGGGUACAUCGUUAUCAAGAACCGCCCUUGCAAGGUUGUUGAGGUUUCCACCUCAAAGACUGGCAAGCAUGGCCACGCUAAGUGUCACUUUGUAGCCAUUGAUAUCUUCAAUGGCAAGAAGCUCGAGGAUAUUGUUCCUUCAUCCCACAAUUGUGAUGUUCCACAUGUCAACCGUACCGAUUAUCAGCUCAUCGACAUCUCUGAAGAUGGCUUUGUGAGUCUUCUGACUGAAAAUGGAAACACCAAAGAUGAUCUGAGGCUUCCCACUGAUGAGGCUCUGCUUGCUCAGAUUAAAGAUGGGUUUGCAGAAGGUAAGGAUCUCGUGGUGUCGGUCAUGUCAGCAAUGGGAGAGGAACAGAUCAAUGGUCUCAAGGACAUUGGCAAGAACUAGAGGAAGAAGAUGAUGCUGUAGCAUUUUAGCUAUAGUUGAUUGCAAAACGACUGUUUUUUUAUGGGAGCUAACGAUGAUUCUUAUCUCUACUAUGAAUGUCUCUGAACUAGAACUUCCUUUUUUUUUAUCAAGAAUGUGUUGGUUGUGGUGUUUGAGAAAAAAUGCUCAUAAUGUUUGUUCUUGAAGUUGUUAGAAAGAAAAGCCAGGUCAAGCAGCUGCCGCUUGAUUUCCUGAUGAUGAUCUGUUCUUAAGUUGGAUGU